UUUUUUUUUUCUUAAUAAAAUAUUUAAAGAAAAAUCAAUUGCCUUCUUUUGACCACAAAUCUGCUGUAAUAACAGUGAAAACCUUUUCAUCGAUUUCUUGAAGGAGUCUUCUGUGAAUUCAGAGAUUUUCUUGGAAAGGAUUUUCGCUGGAAACAGACAGGAAAUGAGGUUCACUGAGCAAGGCAGUUUCCUUUUGAGCUAAAUGUGAAGUAGACUUAAUAAGAUAAAAGCUGGACAAGUACUAUAGUUGGGUAGAAAUCUGUAAUGAUCUGAAAGUUAUCAAUGGGCUCUCUAUUAAGUGUGAAUGGUUCCAAGACUGUAGCUGGCGAGGUUUUUGAGUUAUUACAGAGUGAAGCUUGCAAGAGACAGAGGGUGUUAUCGGCUUCUUGCGAGGGGAAUCCAAGAUUGAUUCCUAGCCUUCCUGAUGAGAUAUCAAUUCAGAUUCUUGCUAGACUUAAUAGAAUUUGUUACUUAAAAGUUAGAUUAGUGUCUCGUGCUUGGAAAUCAGCCAUUAUGAGUUCUGAACUGUUCAAUGUGAGAAAAGAGCUUGGAACAACUGAGGAAUGGCUUUAUAUAUUAACAAAGGUCGAAGAUGAAAAGUUUUUAUGGUAUGCCUUUGAUCCAUUGUCUAGAAUAUGGCAAAGGUUACCAACAAUGCCCGGUGUUGUUUCUGAAGAUGAGCCCAGAAAGGGUGUAGCAGCACUUCGAAUGUUUGGUUCGAGUACCAAAAUUGCUGACACAGUAAGAGGUUGGCUCAGGAAGAAAGGCACACUGGAUCCAUUACCCUUUCAUGGCAGUGCCGUUGGAGCUGUUGAUGGCUGCCUCUAUGUGUUAGGGGGACUUUCUAAAGCUUCUGCUAUGAGAUGUGUGUGGCAAUAUAAUCCAAUACUAAAUGUUUGGACUGAGAUGAGCCCGAUGUCCAUUGGUAGAGCCUUUUGUAAGACAGGCAUCUUAAACAACAAACUUUAUGUUGUUGGAGGAGUUGCUAGAGACCGUGUUGGAUUGACCUCGCUUCAAUCUGCUGAAGUAUUUGAUCCUCAAACUGGUGUCUGGUCUGAAAUUCCGAGUAUGCCAUUUUCGAAAGCUCAGGUGCUGCCUACUGCUUUUCUAGCUGAUUUGCUCAAGCCUAUUGCAACUGGAAUGACAUCAUAUCGUGGAAGGUUAUUUGUAGCUCAGAGUUUAUAUUGUUGGCCUUUCUUUGUUGAUGUUGGAGGAGAGGUUUAUGAUCCAGAGAUAAAUUCAUGGGAUCAAAUGCCAACUGGCAUGGGUGAGGGUUGGCCUGUAAAGCAGGCAGGAACAAAAUUGAGUGUCACUGUUGAAGGCGAGUUGUAUGCACUUGAACCAUCUACUUCUCUUGAUAGUGCUAGAAUUAAGGUAUAUGAUUACCAAAAUGAUACAUGGAAAGUUCUGUUUGGAGAUAUUCCGAUUUCUGACUGUAGUAACUCAGAAUCUUCCUAUUUACUAGCUAGUUUACUUGGACAGCUCCAUAUAAUCACUAAAGAUGCCAACAGUAUCACAAUUAUGCAGACAGAUACACGCAAUCAUUUAACUUCCUCUGUACCAUCUUCAUCAUUUUCAUGCAAUGGCUCCUUUUGUGAACCAGCUGAGUCUUCGGCAGUAUCAGAAACACAUAUUUGGAGGAUCAUUGCCACUAGGAAUGGCCGGUCUACUGAUCUGGUUAGUUGCCAGACCCUUGAUCUUUAGUUUCCUACGUGGCUAGAACUUUCUUGUAAUUUAUUAUGCCUAUGAAUGCUCUAUUUAUAUUACUACAUUCUUAUUUCCACUAUAAAGAGAUUUUACUUGACAGAAAAGAAAUAAAUCAUAUAUAUAUAAUAUUAUCUUGGUAUUGAAA